AUUGGGUGUCAUAGUGUAGUUUACUUCCGUUAUCUGUCUCUUCCUAGUGUACGUUUGCGGCGUUGGGUUACAGACGACAUUGUAUUGAUGAAUAAUAUAUAAGUAUAUUGAACUAAUAUAUAACUAAGUGGUGUAAGCUAUGGCUUCAACGAUAAGACAAGUUCUGCAACUCAGUCUCGAGGAUCUGACUACGGAUGACCUGAAGAAGUUUCGCGCCAGUUUGUUGGACCGUGAGCGGGAGGGAGAGCCUCGGGUCAGGCGCAGAGCACUGGAGGACAAGGAUGAAGUUGUUAUCGCUGAUGUUCUCGUCUCAACCUUCACUGACGCUAAAGCCGGGAGUGUAAUGGUGGAAACGCUGCGGGACAUCGCGUGUAACCGCAUCGCAGCACGACUUGAGGCCGAACUGGAGAAUUUGAAUCCGCAGGGGAGUCGACCUAGCGCCGACAGUAUGAUCCCAACGUCCAAAGCUAGACCGGGUGAGCACCUUGUGGACAAACACCGGAGCGCGCUGAUUCAGAGGAUCCGGAGGUUCCCACCUAUACUGGAUAAACUGCUGGAUCGCAAGGUGCUGAGCCAGGAGGAGUAUGACGCCAUCAUGGCCAAAGGCACCUCGCAGGAACAGGCCCGACUCCUGUACAACGGGGCCCUGACGUCCAGCGGAACCGCAGGAAAGGACAUCUUCCUCAGCGUGCUGGAGGAAUUAGAGGUUCAUCUUCUCGAGGACCUGAGGAGAUCUUGAGCCAUGGUGUGUAACAUAUAACGCCAAACAUAAGCGGCCUGGUGCUAAUGGCAACAAUAAUGGAGGGUGCUGAUUGUUUUGGGUCUUAUUUUUACACAAUCUUAACUAAAUGUUUUGUUGUUUAAUCUUGUCACAAAUAAAUAAAUACUAUGCCUACAA